AUGAGUGAUCAUUCCUCUGACGACGAAGACAUUGUGGUGCUGCAGGUAUGUGCAAAUCGGCAUUGCCAGGGCAUCGACGACCUGGAGUUCGACGAGGAGACAAGCCAGAGCUACUGCGGCCGGUGUCGUGCGCUCUACGCCCGCACGGAGACGGAGGGGUUUCGCGUUCUUCUGUCGAACGACGACCUCAGCCUAGUGAAGCUCAUUUUUGACCAGUUCGAUGAGAACAGCCGCGGUUUCUGGACUUACAAAGAAUGGAAUGCGUUUCAGGAGGUGACGGAGCGCGGCUCAGACGACCCGAUCGAGUCUUCGUCAGCCUUGAAGGAGUUCUUCAAGGAGGAGUACGACAUCGACAUCAGUCCUCAUGGGAAAGAUGGAGCGGUGGUUCUUUUGGUUGAUCUGGAAAACAUGUACGGGGGUUAUCUGUACAACAACGUAGACGCACUUGUGGAGGACAGCGAGACCAUGGAGUAUCAGGGGCUUCUGCACACGGGCGUGCUGGAGUAG